AUGGACAUUGUCAUCUCGCAAAGGACGAGCAUCCGCAGCCAGUCGCUUACUCUAGAUGUUAACAUCAACCCACCAGCAACACAAAUUCAAUCCUCUGCCUCGCCAUUCGCUUCGUUUCUAACGGGCGAGAAAAUCGAGGGCACCGUCUCCAUCAUCUCACAACGCGAUUUCGGCUUCGAUCGUCUCCACAUCUCGUUUGUCGGCGAGGAAAGCACAACCAUCCCGAGUAGCAACCCGGAUAAGGCAAAGCAUCAAUUCCUAGAGCUCAUUCAGCCCAUCCACGACUCGGCUCUUCCGAGCCCUAAAGUCUUUAUAGCCAAACGUCAAUAUGAAUUCCCAUUCAGCUUUGAAGUCCCUGAUUAUCUACCUUCCUCGUCAUGCCGCCAUUCGUCCGACCCUCUUUUGAAAGCAGCCCAUCUCCAUCUGCCUCCGAGUUGCGGAGACGCCAGCAUAGCUGGGUUUGGCGGCAAACUGCGGGAUGACUUUGCCCCAGCCGCGUGCAAGGUCGUUUAUUCCAUCUAUGCUAAGCUCGAACGUUUCAGUAAAACGUUUGAAACCCAGGAGACAAUCGCGGAUAAGAGGCUUAAGGUGCGGAUCAAGCCGGCUGUCGGUGAUGUGCCGCUUCCAGACCUACAGUCCAUGAACAAUUCCAGCAGUGGUUAUAGCCUACAUCAUGAACUGACUAUUCAUGGUGGCAACUCCAAAUCUAAGUCUCCGGUGACAGGCCGUCUGGCCAUGACAUUAGAACAUCCCGGAUGCUUUUAUCAUCCUCUACGAGAUCCAAUCAGACUAAUCAGCAAAGCAAUUCGAAUAUUCCUCGUAUACACACCCUCAGCUUCAGAUCCAAUCACUCCACCUCCGGAACUCAAGUCACUCAAAGCCCAAAUCACAGCAACAACGAUAUACACCACGAAGCUCGACAAUGCCAUCCACCCUCUUCCCAAAAAGAGAGAUUUCUUCAAUCGCCCCGCUAACUUCCGCGAUGCCGAGCUUCCGUUAUCCAUUCCGUCUACUCCACGACUAGGCUGGACACAGGACCAGACGGGUAGUUAUACAACGACCCUGCUUGUACCGGUGACAUUACCCAAGGAUAAGAGUUUCAUUCCAACGUUCUAUUCCUGCUUGAUAUCGAGGGUGUAUAGUCUCUGCUUUCAACUUUCUGUCCAAGGUGCUUCGGAGCCGUUCAGGUUGAAGGCUCCCAUGCAGAUUGCUGCGGAGAGGGAUCCGGCGGCUCUGCCGUCGUAUAAUGCGACGCUGGGGAUUAUUGAUAUGGAGUGA